GAGAGUAAUCUUGUGAUAUUUCUUGCAUGAGCAGAUUGGUUAGAGUGUGUAUGACCAUUAGAGUUCUUCGGUACCUGAUUAAUUGGGUACAUAUUCUAGGUAAAGUUAUCAUGUUUUCUAAUUUUCCAUUCUGAAAGCAACCUUUCUUGCUCUCUUAUAUAUUCUAUAUUAGGCAGUAUAGCAAUUUUACCUUUUGUAAGUGUCAUAGCAUAUUGGACUGAAGAUGAAGGACCGACUGGAACAACUUAAAUCGAAGUCGGAUCAAACCCCUGAUGAUGUGGAAGUUCCAGUGGAAAAUAAGGAAUUUAUGGAUGAGUUUUUUACACAGAUUGAAGAAAUCCGAUCCAGUAUAGACCAGAUUGACGAGAAAGUGGUUGAGAUAAAGCGACUGUAUUCUGUCAUCCUCUCUGCACCUACAUCAGACCAAAAGACACAGGAUGAAUUGGAGGCAGUCACCAAUGAGAUAAAGAAACUGGCCAACAAUGCUCGCAAUAAACUCAAAAGCAUUGAGCAGAGUUUGGCAUCCAAUACUGAGGAAAGAGUUUCAGCAGAUGUGCGGAUAAAGAAAUCUCAACAAGCCAUUCUUGCUAAGAAGUUUGUGGAGGUGAUGACCAAAUACAAUGAGGCCCAAUUGGAGUUUAGAGAGAAGAGCAAAGGGCGCAUCCAGAGACAACUGGAGAUUACGGGCAAAGCCACUACUGAUGAAGAAUUAGAGGAAAUGCUGGAUGGAGGCAAUGCCGCAGUCUUUACAGCUGGGAUUAUGGACUCAGGCAUCACAAAGCAGGCACUAAGUGAGAUUGAGGCACGACACAAAGAUAUCAUGCGACUGGAGAGCAGCAUUAAGGAGUUGCAUGAUAUGUUUGUGGACAUUGCAAUGCUGGUGGAGAAUCAGGGAAGCAUGAUAGACAGGAUUGAGAGCAACAUGGACCAGUCAGUGGGCUUUGUGGAAAGAGCCGUGGCUGACACUAAAAAGGCUGCAAAGUUCCAACAGGAAGCACGCAGGUUUAUUUUUUCCACUGGGUUUCAUCUGUUUUUUUUCUCUCUUCAUUUUUUUUUCUUGCAUGGAUGUCCUCUGUCUCUUGCACAUGAAUUCAACACCUCUUCUACAUCUGUUCACUUCAACUUUCAAAUCUCUCAUUCACUUUUUAUUCCUCUUGCUCUCCUCAACUGUUAUUGCCACGAUUUCCUGGCCACUCCCUUACACCUCUGUAGAAGAAGAUGAUGAUCAUGCUGUGCUGCACAAUUCUCGCUAUCAUCUGUGGUGCUCUCGUGUAUAGCUGGCUGACAUAAGCUUUGCAAGGUUUCUGUGCUUGUUUAUCUCAGUUUUCUUUUUUCUGUUCCUCCUAUUUUGUUAGUAUGUAUUGGACUUGCACUUUUAGAGACACUACUUUAAAAUGUGAUGUGCAAGCUGUCUGUUAGAUUUUUAUAAAGAGCUAUAUGAAAUAAUGUUUUUAUUGACAAUUAUUUUCAGUAAAGUUAUGAUAUAUUUCACAUAUGAAGAUAAAAGUUACAAAAAGAGAGAGGUUUUGCUUUAUGAGGUCUUAUUUUUGUAACUGACAAUCGAACCAUUAUAGACUGCCAGUGACUAAUAUUUUGUGCUCACUUAGUCUUUAUUGAAAAAAAUUCUUAAAUCUUUUUUAAAAAUCAUGUUUUAGCAAAUGAAGUAUUUUACGAUUUUCAAAGAGAGUGAAUGAAUUUCAGUCAUUACUGAUUGAAUGCUUAUUUAAAGGAAUAUUCCAGAUUAAAUACAAAUUAAGCUCAAUCGACAGCAUUUGUGGCAUAAUAUUGAUCACCACAAAAAUGUAUUUUGACUUGCCCCUCCUUUUUAAAAAAAAUAAAAAUAUGGGUUCCAGUGAGGCACUUACAAUGGAAGUGAAUGGGGCCAAUCUGUAAAUAUAAAAAAAAUACUCAGUUUCAAAAGUAUAGCCACAUGACGUAAACAAUAUGCAUGUUAACAUUAUUUUAGUGUAAUAAAAUCACCUAUUAACCUAUUCUGUGUAAAGUUAUAGCCAAUUUUACAACUUUGUUGCCAUGAUGAUGUAACAUCAACAACCCCUAAACCCUAAAAUGACUGUAAAAAUGACACUUUAAACAACUUUACAGCUCAAGUAAUACAUGAGUUUUAACAGAAGAAUUAAUGUAAGUGCUUUUAUAAAAUUAUAAGCUUCAUAUUUCUGCCUUUAAACCAUCCAAAAAUUGGCCCCAUUCACUUCCAAUGUAAAUGCCUCACUGUAACCUCGAUUUUCACUGAGUCUAAAUGAUUUUUUAUGGGAAUCAACAUUAUACCACAAAUGCUGUUUACUGAGCUUAACUUGUAUUGAACCCAGAAUAUUCAUUUAUGCAUAUAGUCGACUGUAUUUCUUAUGUUUAGUUGAAAAUGUUUGUCUUGUGUCAACAAAAAACGUAGAGUAGCCUAUUAUGGGGGCACCUCAGUUUAUUUAGAGUUAUGGCAGUGUGAAUGUGUCAUUAAAAGACCGGGGUUGUAUACAGAUGUGUCACUUGUUCUUUCGUCCAGGUUUAAAGAU